CUCCGAGCCCAGCACCUGCGCGCCACUCCCGCCACAUCUCCGGAGCGUCGUUGACGGCCGCCUCGUUGGUCCAAGGAAGUGUGCGUCCUCCCCGAAAAAGGCCCAAGGUCUGGAGGCAAACCGGUUGCUGGUGCGACGGAGAAAUCCCCAAGACCUUUGGUCUUUUGCUGCGACUCGUGGAAGGUGCUGUGCGUCGUUCACUGAGCAGGCACCUCGGGGACAGUUUUGUAAACCAGAGGCUUCCAUGUGAGCGAUGACGUUCUGGCUCUGAUCUCCUGGGUGCCCCGUACUCCCAGCCCCGAGCCUCCGCGCUUUGGGGGCCAGUAGUAGCUGGGAUCUCCCUGCGCCUCGCCCGAGCCCGAGGGACAGGUAGAGGCGCAGGUCCGGGGUGAGGACCCAUCGGGUUGUUUGAUGGCUUCACUGAGAAGAGUCAAAGUGUUGUUGGUGUUGAACUUGAUCGCGGUGGCCGGCUUCGUGAUCUUCCUGGCCAAGUGCCGGCCCAUCGCGGUGCGCAGCGGGGACGCUUUCCACGAGAUCCGGCCGCCGCGCGCCGAGGUGGCCAACCUCAGCGCACACAGCACCAGCCCCAUCCAGGAUGCGGUGCUGAAGCGCCUGUCGCUGCUGGAGGACAUCGUCUACCGACAGCUUAAUGGCUUAUCCAAAUCUCUUGGGCUCAUCGAAGGUUACGGUGGGCGAGGCAAAGGGGGCCUGCCUGCCACCCUCUCCCCCUCAGAAGAAGAGAAAGCCAAGGGGCCACAUGAAAAGUAUGGUUACAAUUCCUACCUCAGUGAAAAGAUUUCAUUGGAUCGCUCCAUUCCGGAUUAUCGUCCCACCAAGUGUAAGGAACUCAAGUACUCUAAGGAGCUGCCCCAGAUUUCCAUCAUCUUUAUCUUCGUGAAUGAGGCCCUGUCUGUGAUCCUGCGGUCAGUCCACAGCGCUGUCAAUCAUACGCCUACACACCUGCUGAAGGAAAUCAUCUUGGUGGAUGACAAUAGUGAUGAAGAGGAGCUGAAGGGCCCGCUGGAGGAGUACGUCCACAAACGCUACCCAGGGCUGGUGAAGGUGGUACGCAAUCAGAAGAGAGAGGGCCUGAUCCGGGCUCGCAUCGAGGGCUGGAAGGCGGCCACAGGCCAGGUCACUGGCUUCUUCGAUGCCCACGUGGAAUUCACGGCCGGAUGGGCAGAGCCAGUUCUGUCUCGCAUCCAGGAAAACCGGAAGCGAGUGAUCCUGCCCUCCAUCGACAACAUCAAGCAGGACAAUUUUGAGGUGCAGCGUUAUGAGAACUCAGCCCACGGAUACAGCUGGGAGCUGUGGUGCAUGUACAUCAGCCCCCCCAAAGACUGGUGGGACGCCGGAGACCCCUCUCUCCCUAUCAGGACACCAGCCAUGAUUGGCUGCUCAUUCGUGGUCAACAGAAAGUUCUUCGGGGAAAUCGGUCUCCUGGACCCUGGGAUGGAUGUGUAUGGAGGAGAAAAUAUUGAGCUUGGAAUUAAGGUGUGGCUCUGCGGAGGCAGCAUGGAGGUCCUUCCUUGCUCACGGGUGGCCCACAUCGAGCGGAAGAAGAAGCCGUACAACAGCAACAUUGGCUUCUACACCAAGAGGAAUGCGCUCCGUGUUGCUGAGGUCUGGAUGGACGAUUAUAAGUCUCAUGUGUACAUAGCAUGGAAUCUGCCACUGGAGAAUCCAGGGAUUGACAUAGGUGAUGUCUCCGAAAGAAGAGCGUUAAGGAGAAGCUUGAAGUGUAAAAAUUUCCAGUGGUACUUGGACCAUGUGUACCCCGAAAUGAGAAGAUACAAUAACACUAUUGCAUACGGAGAGCUUCGUAACAACAAAGCAAAAGAUGUCUGCUUGGACCAGGGGCCACUGGAGAACCACACAGCAAUACUGUACCCGUGCCAUGGCUGGGGACCACAGCUCGCCCGUUAUACCAAGGAAGGCUUCCUACACCUGGGUGCUCUGGGGACCACCACGCUGCUCCCUGACACCCGCUGCCUGGUGGACAACUCUAAGAGCCGGCUGCCACAGCUCCUGGACUGCGACAAAGUCAAGAGCAGCCUGUACAAGCGCUGGAACUUCAUUCAGAAUGGAGCCAUCAUGAAUAAAGGCACCGGGCGCUGCCUGGAGGUGGAGAACCGCGGCCUGGCUGGCAUCGAUCUCAUCCUCCGCAGCUGUACUGGACAGAGGUGGACGAUCAAGAACUCCAUCAAGUAGAUGGAAGGAGCUGGGGCCCAGAGCCCAGCCCCAGGAUGGGGCCCAUCCAUCCUCAGGACCAGCCACAGGGUGGAGACACGACAGGGGCCCACCGGAUGCCCCGUGGGUCUCCGAUGGCUCCUCCAGGGCAGUACAGGGACGCCAGCUAAAGACAUAAUGUCCCCAUCAGGUAUUCAGGUGCCCUGAGGCCCGUGUGCCCCGAACUGUUCCCCCCGCCCUUCUCUGGGAGAGCGGCAGCGGUGCCUUCCGCAGCUCCGGGCGCGGCGGGUACCAAGGCGCAAAACCGUCUCCAUUCCUCCGCCGCACCGUCUCCCACCCCAACAUCAGCAUUUGGGACUGGCAGGGGCCCCCGUCUUCUUUCUCAUUCUUUGCAGCAGUCGCUUAAGAAAUUCAUCUUGGCCCCUCAAAGAAGUUGAGGGGAGGGGGCUUCAGCAGUAUUCUCUAGCACCCCUUUGGAGGAGGAAGAGCAAAGCGCGAGACAACCCCCCCCCCCACAAGACGCUGUUUCCACCGAGAUCGCUUCUGCCCAUCCACAUGCCAAGGCAGUUGCCACCCCUGGACUUCCUCAUAAGGGUGGUUUCGGGGGUGUCCGCUCUGGGCCCUUCUUGGGGCUCCCUGUUCUUCUCUUUGGAACACUAGACUCCUGUGAACAUGAAAAACAUCUGUGUCCAGAGAGAGUCAGAAAUCAGCUGGGCAUGCAAGGUGUUCUCAGCCCUGGGCGGGUGACAGCUUUGCCUGUUGGGGUACAGACGCUCUGGCUUUGGAGCAGCGAGGGUCGUCUGUAUAUGACAUAAGGGCUGAAGGAAUCAACACAGCCCACAGCGCGGGGACCCCAAGAUUGCUUUAUGCUCACCUCAUUUCACCCCACACUCUGCUGGCUGACAAGGGCCAGAGCUAUUUCCUCUUUGAAGAGUAACCACUUCUUUCCCGGUAUAAAUCGGAGUUAAUAUAUGGGUGUGUAUGCGUGUGUGUGUGUGCAUGAAAGUGUGCGCCUGCCAGGGUGUGAGGUGUGUGCGCGCGUGUGCGUGUGCGUGUGCAUGUUGAAACAGGCACAGCUCUACGUCUUUGGCCUUGCUGCUUCAUCGCUCAGUGGCUGGGACAAGGCUGUGGCAAAGUGUGAAGAGGAGGUGACCCUGUCACGGGCUCCCUGGUCCAGAAGACAAGGCUCAGCCUCGCCUGCUGGGCUAUAACCCUUUUGUCACUUCCCACCUCUCUUCCCACUGCUCUCCUCGGCCAACCCCUGCCCAGAACCGAACCCUGUAGCUGCUCAGCGUGGGGUUCACAGUGUCUCAUUUAAUGGCCUCUUAACUGGUGAUUCCCUCGCCCAGUCUCCCACCUUGUGAAAUAAAAAUGUUAGCCCUUCCAA